AUGACAACCGAGAGCACACCCCAACCCCCACAAAGGGACCGACCAGUCCACCACAGCAACACCCACAAUGAGAGUGAGAGUACUCCAUGCAAGGGAGGGCACAUGCCUAACACGCCCAGACACCCCCGGGCCAGCAGUGCAGAGCCACCCAAGCAAGAGCCCCCAAUACACGCCCCACAGCCCAGACCCCCAACCAAGCACCAGACCGCAGCCACAGCCAGGCUCAAUCCACCUGUCCCCUCCCAUGGCCCAUCCCCCCUCCCCCCAACAGUAUCCCCCCCCCCCCCCCCCCCAUGGCAGAGGACCCAAAGCCCACCAGCGCACCAAGGAACCCCAGGCCAGCAUGCACCGGCCCAAGACCCCGACAACAUACCCGCCAAGACCCAAGAUCCCCUGGCCAAGCCGGGACCCCGCCCCAGGAGCGACACUCCCCCAGAACCCCGAACCCGCACUCACCCCAAACCCACCCAGGAGCAGCCAGGCCACCAGGCCAGUAACCUGCGCCCACGCACCGAUACCCCCCCCCCCCCCCAGUCAACAACGAUGCCCCACGGGACGAAAUCAAAGGAGUUUACCCACCUCCACUAUGUGUUGGAGCUCAUCAAAGAAGCCCAGAGAGAUUGGUCUGAUAUGGAGGUGCAGGCUGUCUCAAGACUGAUGUAA